AUGUCUUUAUCAUUAUCAACAUUUAUUCAAGUGCCUCCAAAUUCUGAUUUUACAAUUUACAAUUUGCCUUAUGGAGUUUUCUCUACUUUGGAUAAUCAAAAGAAAAGAAUUGGUGUGGCUAUUGGAGAUGAAAUUUUGGAUUUGUCUGCGAUUUUGAAUUUAUUUGAUGGUCCUUUGCUGUCUAAAAAUUUGAAUGUUUUUAAAGAGGUGAUUUUUAAGUAUUAUUUUCCGGAAUUAUUUGUAUAUUCCGGAAAUAAUUUUUAUAUUUUCCGGAAAUAUAGUUUCCGGAAGGUUUUGUAUAUUCUGAAUGAUUAUUUAAUUUUCCGGAAUAUUUUUAAUGAUUUGUAUUUUCCGGAACGAUACGAUAAUUGUAUGUAGUUUCCGGAAGGUUUUGUAUUUUUGUUUCUGGAAUAUUUUGUAUUUUCCUGGAGGUUAUAUUUUCCGGAGAUUAAUUAUUAUAUUUUCCGGAAUUUUUUAAAUAAUUUUUUAUUUUCCG